UCAUUAUCUUAUGAGGUUACAUUGGCUAUGUUGCAGUCAACGUCAUAACUAUGUUAUGGUUUAUGCUCAAAUGAAAAUACGCAAUUAGUUCGAUCGGUAAAGUGUGAUAACUAACGUCAUAACUAUGUUAUGGUUUUCUUACUAAUUUUUUGUUAGGUUUUGGUUAUUGGUGGAGGAGACGGGGGAGUCCUGCGGGAAGUUGUACGCCACUCUUCAGUCGAAAAGAUGGACAUUUGCGAAAUUGACAAGAUGGUUGUUGAUGUCUCCAAAGAAUUUUUCCCUGAUAUAGCAGUAGGUUUUGCGGAUCCACAUGUGACACUUAAUAUCGGUGAUGGAGUUGCAUUUUUGAAGUCAGCUGCAGAAGGAUCUUAUGAUGCAGUUAUAGUGGAUUCUUCUGAUCCUAUUGAUCAGUUAAAUCCAAUUCCUUUUGAAGGCAGCACUUCUGCAGUAGAGGGUCUUUUUUUUCCUUUCUUUCUUGAUUCGAAGGUACUCAAGGUUAAUGGAGUUAUGCUAGAAGUGGUCGUAAAGUUGAGCAAGUUGGCCCCUAAACACCUCUAACUGUCCAUUACUCAGCAAGUAAGGACAAAGCUUCAGCAACAAUGUCGAUAAUGCGGUGUCCGUAACUUUCAAUUCGUUUCUAUUCGACUCACUCCGUUUAUAUGAU